AUGGGGCACGGGAGACGGGUGGGGACACGUGGGCGAGCCCUCCCCGUGGGACUCGGCUGCCGGCAGGACCCAGGCAGCGACACAGUGACAGCUUCAUCAUCCUCGGCACCAAGCCGGAGAAUGCCAGGCCACCUGAGCACCGUGUCCCGUUUCCGAGCCCUCGGUACUGCCCCUGACUCCUCCCGCGUCUUCUGGACCUUCACCUGCGUGGCUGGAGGUUUCAGAAAGAGCAGAGGAAACAGGAAUACGGGUUUUCGAAUCACCAUUUCCUUUGUUUUCUGCAGAUAUGAGAAAGUGAUCAUAGCGGAUGCGGGGUUCUUCUCUCCUUCCGUCUAG